AUCGUCCUGUCCGUGCUGCUGGUUGCUCUGCUCCUUGCCAUUGGCGCCGGCGUGUUUUCCAGCUGGGUCCUGAGCCACACAGGGCCUACUUCUGCUCUGGUGAUUAACGGCAACCCCGUCUACACCGGGUUCCUCAUCUUCUGGAGCUACAUCAUCCUGCUCAGCCCGGCCAUGCCCAUUGCGCUCUACAUCUCGUUUGAGGUGAUCCACACGGUCCACAGCCUGUUUAUCGGCUGGGAUAUGGAGAUGUAUUGGCAGCAGGCCGACAGACCGGCCCAGGCCAGGAACACUUCACUGAACGAGGAGCUCGGCCAAGUGGGAUACCUGCUGAGUGACAAGACUGGGACACUGACCCAGAACCGUCUGCUCUUCAGACAGUGCUGCAUAGCUGGGGAGGUCUAUGGUGAUGCAUCAGGCAAGGCAGAGGACACAGAGCCCAUGGACCUGAGCUGGAAUCCCUUCUCCUGCGGGGGUUUGUUCAUGUCGGCUCCCAGCCUGGUGCAGAAGCUCAGAGGACAGCAGUGUCCAAUCAGCUGCCAGUUCCUCAGAGCGCUGUCUGUCUGCCACACUGUCAUGGCCGAGUGGAAAGAAGGUUGUUUCUUUUACCAGGCUGCGUCCCCGGAUGAGGAAGCUCUCGUUGGGGCAGCGAGGGAGCUGGGCUGGGUCUUUCUCUCCAGGACACGAGACUUUAUCGUUGUCUCAGAGCUGGGUGUCACUCGCAAGUAUCAGCUGCUCGCUCUGCUGGACUUCACCAGUCACAGAAGACGUAUGUCAGUGCUUGUGCGGGAGCCUGAGGGUGGGUUAAAGCUGUUCUGUAAAGGGGCCGACCUAGUGAUCCUGGAGAGACUGCAGAAGGACUGUCUGCAUCAGGAAAGGACUGAACUAGCCCUGGAGUUGUUUUCCCAGGCCUGUCUGAGGACUUUGUGUGUUGCGGUUCGAUCUGUUCCCGAGGCAUCAUGGGAGCAGUGGAGUAAAACUCUGGAUCAAUCUGCAACCAUGGUUACCUCUGACCGCGACGCACUGCUGGAAAAGCUUUAUGAUCAGAUGGAGAUAGAUCUGCAGCUUAUUGGGGUGACAGCGAUAGAGGACAGACUUCAAGAAGGCGUUCCUGAGACCAUUGCUCUGCUUCAACAGGCUGGACUUAAAGUAUGGGUACUCACUGGGGACAAAAAAGAGACUGCAGUGAAUAUCGGAUAUUCUUGCAAGUUACUGGAUCCUGAUACCAGAUUACUGGAAUGGCAGGAGCUCAGACAGAUACUCCAGUCCCCAGACCCAGGGGUCACUUUCUUCAAGGCCAGGCAGACAGAGCUGUGGGCUGUAGACAAGCAGACGGCUGAAGCGAAGACUGCUUUGGUGCUCACUGGACCUGAGCUGGCAGAGUUUGACCAGAGGCCUGAGUGGGGGGCUACGUUCAUGAGGAUGGCGGAGCAGUGUCAGUCGGUGCUCUGCUGUCGCGUGACACCCGGACAGAAAGCUGACAUCGUCUCAUUGGUCAGGAAACACACCCGCUCCGUCACCAUGUCCAUCGGGGACGGUGCCAAUGACGUGAACAUGAUCAAGACGGCUCAUGUCGGCGUGGGCCUUGCAGGAGUGGAGGGGGGUCAGGCCGUGCAGAACGCAGACUUUGCUUUGUCCCAGUUCAGAUUUCUGCAGCGGCUGCUCCUGGUCCACGGCCGCUGGUCCUACAGGCGCAUUUCCUUCUUCUUGCGCUACUUCUUGUUUAAGACCUGUGGCUUUGCUCUGGUGCAAAUAUGGUUUGGUUUCUUCAACGGCUUCAGUGCUCAGUCUCUAUAUGAGACAUGGUUCAUUGGUCUCUACAGCGUCGUCUACACAUCAUUUCCAGUUAUGUGUUUGGCCUUCUUUGAACAG